GGUGUUGGUGUUGAUGUUGAUUUGGAAUUGGAUAUGGAUUUGGUUGGAUCGCCGAGGAGCGUAGCGAGAGAGAGUCGGAAUCCGAGUAUUGAUUCGUCUAAAGGGAGAAGAGCUGCUUUGAUGCCGCUUUUGGGGAAGCCGUUGAAGGCGUUGAAGAAGAAGAAGAAGAGGUUGCUUAAUAAUCAUAACGAAGCGGAAGGGGAAGAUGAUUCUUGCGAUGGUGUUGGCUCGAUGGAGGAGAUAUCUGAGAAGAAGGUUGAUCUAUGUGGGAAUGGUAACAAUGGAGUCUUACGCAAGGAAGUGAGAAAUGGUUUGUUUAGUGAUCAUCAUCAUAGACAAAAGGCUAAACAGAUUUGGAAGAAACAUGUUUGGGUUGUGUUGAUGUUUGAUUUCUGCAUCUGUGCUAUAUUAUUCGGAAUCUGGCUUUGGAUUUGUGAAGGGUUUCAAUGCAUUCAAGGGUAACAAAAUUCAUCAUCAGUUUUCUCACUCACUUGUGUACAUCUCCAAAUUCAUAUUAUUGUUUCAAUCUUCAUUGACAUCUUCUUCUUUUUUUUCUUUUUUUCUGAGUAUUCGUUUUUUUUUUUUGGAUCGAAGAAUCUGAUCCUUUUUUAUUUGUCCACGUUCUUGUUUUUCAUCUUCUUUAUUUUUUUGAAGUCACAAAAAAGUGUUGUUUCCAGGAGGAAACUAGGGUAUAGGUUGAAUCCUGGUUUACAUUGUUAGUGUGAUAUGUUCAUUGUACUUUGGAAGUUUAAUCAUUCACAAGCAAAAUGUGUGUGUUUUGUAUUA